AUGUCAAUUGAUAUUGCGAGGGAGAAGACGGAGGUGCGCCUGGUGUUCCUCGGCGCGGCCGGCGUGGGCAAGACGGCGCUCAUCCAGCGCUACCUGCGGGACACCUUCGAGCCCAAGCACCGCCGCACCGUGGAGGAGAUGCACUGCCGCCAGUACCAGGUGGGCGGAGCCACUGUCACCGUGGAGAUCCUGGACACCAGCGGCAGCUACUCCUUCCCCGCCAUGCGCCGGCUCUCCAUCCAGCACAGCGACGCCUUCGCGCUGGUCUACGCCGUGGACGACCCCGGGUCCCUGGAGGUGGUGAAGCGGCUGCAGGCGGAGAUCCUGGCCGUGAAGGAGGACAGGUUCACGCCCAUCGUGGUGGUGGGCAACAAGAUCGACCGGCGCGGCGAGCGCCGGGUGUCCAGCGAGGACGCCCUGGCCACCGUGGAGCUCAACUGGAACCACAGCAUGCUGGAGGCGUCGGCCAAGGACGACGCCAACGUGGUGGAGGUGUUCCGGGAGCUGCUGCAGCACGCCCGCCUGCCCAGCCGGCUGAGCCCCGUGCACCACAGACGCCGCCGCGAGACCUUCCCCAAGGGCGUCGGCGAUCGCCCCCCAAAGGGCACCGCCCACAACUGCAGCGUCUCCUAA